CCUUCUUCAACACAAUAAAAAGUCUUUGGCCUGAACACUUGACAUUUUGCAGAUGCAAAUCAGAAGAUGGUGUUUAAUAUAACCGCUAUCAAAACUUCAUCAAAUGGGGCUUGGCAGGGAGAUAAUCCGCUAGACUUUGCCUUUCCACUGUUAAUAGUUCAAACGACUCUGAUUCUCCUGGUUAGCCGCUUCCUCGCUUUCCUCCUCAAGCCCCUUCGCCAGCCCAAAGUCAUUGCCGAGAUUAUUGGUGGAAUUUUGCUGGGCCCAUCGGCUUUUGGGCGAAACAAGAAUUACUUGCAUCGUAUAUUUCCGAAAUGGAGCACUCCGAUACUCGAAUCAGUGGCGGAUAUCGGCCUUCUCUUCUUUCUUUUCCUGGUUGGCCUUGAACUUGAUUUGAAUUCGAUUCGUCGGAGUGGCAAAAGAGCCAUUGGGAUUGCCUUUGCCGGCAUCUCAGUCCCUUUCAUUUGCGGAAUCGGCGUCGCUUUUGUCCUCCGAAACAGAAUCGACGGCCUUAAAGAAGUCGGCUAUGGCCAGUUCCUUGUGUUCAUGGGAGUGGCUCUCUCCAUCACAGCGUUUCCUGUUCUCGCCCGCAUUUUAGCCGAGCUCAAACUACUCACAACUCAAGUGGGCGAGACAGCCAUGGCGGCUGCCGCAUUCAACGACGUAGCUGCGUGGAUCCUUUUGGCACUGGCCGUUGCCCUUGCCGGUGACGGAGACGGCGGAGAAAAGAAAAGCCCGUUAAUAGCAAUAUGGGUACUCCUUUCCGGCCUAGCUUUUGUUAUUUUCAUGUUUGUAGCAAUACGCCCGGUAAUGAAAUGGGUCGGCCGUCGGUGCUCACCGGAGCACGAUGUCGUUGAUGAAGCUUACAUAUGUUUAACCUUAGCCGGAGUAAUGGUAUCUGGAUUCGUCACCGACCUUAUCGGAAUCCACUCAAUAUUUGGUGCUUUUGUUUUCGGAUUAAUCAUUCCCAAAGGAGAGCAUUUUGCGGAGAGAUUGAUAGAGAGGAUUGAAGAUUUCGUGUCGGGUUUGCUUCUGCCACUUUACUUUGCAUCGAGUGGGCUAAAGACAGACGUGACCACGAUUCACGGCGUGGCGGCGUGGGGGAUGUUGGGGCUCGUUAUAACAACCGCGUGUGCCGGCAAGAUUAUCGGAACUUUUGCAGUGGCCAUGAUGUUUAUGAUUCCAGCCAGGGAAUCCAUCACGCUUGGUGUGCUGAUGAAUACUAAAGGAUUGGUUGAACUCAUUGUCCUCAACAUUGGCAAGGAGAAGAAGGUGCUCAACGAUGAGAGUUUUGCAAUUCUAGUCCUAAUGGCGCUCUUCACCACCUUCAUUACAACGCCAACAGUAAUGGCCAUCUACAAGCCAGCUCGCCGCGCCUCUCCUCUAACUCAUCGCAAGCUUCGUGAUUUAUCCAAUACUAAUGACUCGAACUCCAAGGACGAGCUUAGAAUCCUCGCUUGCAUUCACGGCCCUGGUAACAUAUCCUCGUUCAUCAGCCUCAUUGAGGCAGCCAGAAGCACGAAGAAACGGCUUAAACUCUUCAUCAUGCACCUCGUUGAACUCACUGAACGCUCUUCUUCAAUCAUCAUGGUCCAACGUGCCAGGAAGAACGGCUUUCCGUUCAUCAAUCGGUUUCGUCGUGGCCAGAGGCAUGACAACAUCGCCGAGGCGUUUCAGGCCUACGGUCAACUCGGCCGAGUUUCCAUUAGGACCACAACGGCAAUCUCUCCUUUGUCCACAAUGCAUGAAGAUAUCUGUCACGUGGCGGAGGAAAAGCGAGUGACAAUGAUCAUAUUGCCUUUCCAUAAACAAUGGAGAGGUGAUGAACCAAUGGAGAAUAUUGGCCAUGGUUGGCGAGGAGUUAAUCAGAGGGUUCUAAAGCAAGCCCCGUGUUCUGUAGGAUUACUUGUGGACCGUGGAUUAAGUAAUGGGUCCCAAACCCCAGGGCCUAAUUCUACCGUAGGCCAAAAGAUUUGCAUGAUAUUUUUUGGUGGACCUGACGACCGUGAGGCUCUAGAGUUGGGUGGCAUGAUGGCAGAACAUCCGGCAGUUAAAGUGACUGUUAUUAGGUUCGUUGAGAAAGAUGUUUUGGAAAGUGACGGCGUCGUUUUAAGGCCCGCGCCAUCGAGGUGCAGAGAACAGAAUUACAGCUUCUCCACCGCCAAAAUGAACCGGGAAAAAGAGAAGGAGCUAGACGACACUGCGUUGGGUGAAUUUAAGAGCAAGUGGGAUGGGGUGGCAGAUUGCGUGGAGAAGGUGACUAGCAACAUUGUUGAGGGAGUAUUAACGAUAGGACGGAGCAGUGCAUAUGAUCUUGUAGUCGUCGGAAAAGGCAGAUUUCCGUCAAGUAUGGUGGCGAAACUUGCGGACCGCCAAGCUGAGCACGCAGAGUUGGGGCCAAUAGGAGACAUUUUGACGUCUUCAGGGCAAGGCAUUUUGUCUUCUGUGCUUGUGGUUCAACAGCAUGAUACAGCGCACGCCGAAGAGACUCCGGUGACAAAGAUCCGGCAGUCUGAGUAUGUGAAAUUCAAGGGCAAUGUUGCCAGCCCAGGAGAGAUUUCAAAGGCUGUGUAAUAGGUGAUUUCCGGUAAAAAUUGUAUAUCUGUAAUUGAGCGGUCUAAGCUUCCAAAAUUUCGGAUUUUUAGUUCUUUUAAUGUCUGAGGUGGACGGUUCUAUCUCUGUCCAGAAGAAAAUAUAAUAAAUGGAAAGAGAUCAUGGAAAUUGAACCUUCAA